AUGGUAUCAAUUUCAGGGUUUUUACAUCAAGAGUAUCGCGUGUCACUUACACCAGGUUCGUCUGGGCUCUAUGAAGAAGAAGCGGUUAAGUUAUACGAUGAGGCAGAUUGUAUCAUCGAAGAUUGUGGUGUAAUUGGUGAUAAAGAGAGAAUUAUUAAAAAUAUUAGCUUCGUUGGAAGCCCCAUCGUUUGCAAGCUGUCAGAUCAAGAUCAAUACGUUCAAGUCGGGCUUACAAGUUUCGUUGCUCGAUGGUCAAUUGUCCAGCGAAUAGAACACAUAGGCUCCUCAAUAACCAACGCAAUGGAUACCUGGUUAGCAUGGAAGAUGUUGAUAUCAUCAAUAAUAUUGAUAGGCGGGACUGAAAGCUGUGCUACCGUUUAUAAUGGUACCAUGAACCAAGUGACGGAAUCUAAUACCAAGUCACCAUGGUUGGUGCUUAUUAUCAAUCGAGAGAAAAAUUCUGGGAUACAAGGAUUAAGUUACGGAUCGCUGAUCAAAGAAGACGUGGUCUUUACAGCAGCGUCUAAGAUAGCAAGAUUAUCAUCAAGCCAGCUGGAGGUUGUCAUCAAUUGGCAAAUUACUGACGAGACUAUCUACGACUCCAGAUUGGUAUCAUUAAUCGGGACCCCUCUAAAUUUCGACAAAAAUCAGGUAAAACCAAGCGACUGGGCGAUUUUGAUCUUGCAUCAACCGUUCGAGCUCUAUGGCAAGGUCGGUAUCAUUCCAUUGGCUGAUAAAAGUCACCAGUGGGACUCUGAGGAUUGUUAUAUCUAUCGCUGGAUUUACGUGGAAGCAGAUUACAAAAUAGAGUCUAGGUACAUCGAAGCGGAAGGGUUUUUACAUCGAGAGUAUCGCGUGUCACUCACUUCAAAUUCAUCCAGGCUCGAUGAAGAGAAAAUGGUCGAGCUAUUCUAUGAGUUAGAUAGCAUUAUGCUGAAUGGUCAUAGAACCUUUGAAGGAGAGAGAUUCAUUAAAAAAAUCAGCUUCGUUGGAAGCCCCAUCGUUUGCAAGCUGUUAGAUCAAGAUCAAUAUGUUCAAGUUGGGCUUACAACUUUUGUUGCUCAAUGGAGUGUCUAUGCAACUGAAUAUGAUCUAGACAUUGAAGACAUUUCGGAGUAUGAUGAAGACACUUUUGUUGAUCUUAUCAAGGAUUUUGAUGAGCGAAUAGAACACAUAGGCUCCUCAAUAACCAACGCAAUGGAUAUUUCGUUAAUAUGGAAGUUGUUGGUAUCAUCAAUAAUAUUGAUAGGAGGUAGUGAAAGCUGUUUUACUAUUUUUAAUCGUACCAUCACCGAAGUAACGGAAGCAUGCAAACACCAAAUCGCCAUGGUUGGUGCUUAUCAUCAACCAAGCAGACAAGAAAUAUGCUGGGAUGCACGGUGCGACUCCAGAUCGAUAUUAUCCUUAUUCUCUCCUCCAAAUUUAGACAAAAACCAUCAGGUGACACCAAGCGACUGGGUGCUUUUGAAGUUGAGUAAACCGUUUGAGCUCUAUGACAAGGUCGGUAUCAUUACAUUGGCUGAUAGAAAUCACCAGUGGGACUCUGAAGAUUGUUCGAUCUAUCACUGGAUGUCCGUGAGAUCAGAAUACAAAGUAGGAGAGGAGCACAUCCUCGAGGAAGGGUAUCUACAUCAAGAGUAUCGCGUGUCAAUUACUCCAGGUUCAUUCGGGCUUUAUGAAGAGGAAGUGGUCAAGCUACACAAUGAUGUAGAUUGCAUUGUCGAUAAGUGCAGUUUAUCCUAUGGUGGACUGCGUGACGUUAGAAAUAUUAGCUUCGUUGGAAGCCCUAUCAUCUGCAAGCUAUUAGAUCAAGAUCAAUACGUUCAAGUUGGGUUUACAAACUUCGUUGGUCGAUUGAUUCUCGAUAAAACAGUAGAUGAUUUAGCCUUUAAAGACAUUUCAGAGUAUAAUCCAGAUACUUUUGUUGAUCUUACCAAGGAUUUUGAUGAGGUUAUUAGACCGAAAGUCUUGACAGAUUAG